GGGGGCCCCCACUUCGACUUGAAGUCCCACUCAGAAAACACCAACAAUAGUGGGAACUCCGCCUCCUCGCUUCACCCUCUCCCGGUGCUGGUAGGGGUUCACUCCUGAACUCGCCGUGAUUCCAUUCCUACUGCCCUCCCGAGUCUGGGAGGCAGAACCGGGGCUGAGAGAACGUGUCAGGAGAGGGGCAGCAGGAUGAAUGUGGGAACGGCGCACAGCGAGGUGAACCCCAACACGCGGGUGAUGAACAGCCGUGGCAUCUGGCUCUCCUACGUGCUGGCCAUCGGGCUCCUCCACGUCGUGCUGCUCAGCAUCCCCUUUGUGAGCGUCCCCGUCGUCUGGACCCUCACCAACCUCAUCCACAACAUGGGUAUGUACAUCUUCCUGCACACGGUGAAGGGGACACCCUUUGAGACCCCGGACCAGGGCAAGGCGAGGCUGCUUACCCACUGGGAGCAGAUGGACUAUGGGGUCCAGUUCACGGCAUCUCGGAAAUUCCUGACCAUCACACCCAUUGUGCUGUACUUCCUCACCAGCUUCUAUACCAAGUACGACCAGAUCCAUUUCAUCCUCAACACUGUGUCCUUGAUGAGCGUGCUCAUCCCCAAGCUGCCCCAGCUCCAUGGAGUGCGGAUUUUUGGAAUCAAUAAGUACUGAGGGUGCAGCCCCUUGCCCUGCCUGGGAUGGCAGGGGAGGGGUGAAGCCUGCGCUGCGAUGCUGAAGACAGAAGGAGCCUCUGGGUGCCGCCAGAGAUGGGGCUUGAGCCUCUGGGCCCUACUUUCCCCCUCACGUCCCCCAGUAGCAGACUUGGAGUAGUUUGUAGUGGGUUGGGGUGGGUCCCCCUGGGGCUCUGACCCCUUCUGAUUUUUUUUGAUCUUUUCCUUUUGCCUUUUGGAUAGAGACUCUGUGGGGGUGCUCAUGGAAUGGGCUGGGCUUCUGGGCUGAACACAGACCUUUGAGGUUGGGACAGGAGGCCAGGGAAAGCCCCUGCUCACUUUCUCAUCCUCAGACUGCUAAAGCACUUUAACCCCUGUGACCAGGGCAGAGGGGACGGUACAGCUUCUCGUUUGUUUCACUUUAAUUCUUAAGCCUUUUGGAUGACACUUAGUGUGUGCUUAUAUACGUGAAAGCAGUUGCGUGACAGUGCCUCAUCCCUCUGGGUAGAGAAUCGUCUAAUCCAAGCUGGACAGCUCCUGUACAGCCUGCCUGGGGUACUAGGUGGUAGUGGGGAGGAUAAGGAGGUGGGUGGUAGGGCUGGGUGUGGAUGGCCUGGUCCCAGAGGUGGGGGAGCCAGGGCUGCAGCCACCCUGGCCCUGGUGGAUGUGGGGAGGAGGUUGUGGGGAGGAGUGGGGGGUGGUGAAUUGAGACUUAGAAGAAUGGGGCCAUGUAGCUGCAGGGAUUGGUAUAAGGGGGGGUGGGGACAGACCGAACCUCAUUCUUUGGGAAGUGGUCAGGGAGGGGGGCAGGCUUGGAGGUGUCCCUUACCCACAGCGUGGGGGGGGUCGUGGGAAGGAAGGCUGCUGUGGGUUUGAAGGUCCUGGGUUGGCGUGAGGGGGUGGAGAUGGGUGGAAGAGGCCCGUGCGUCAUCGUACGCACAGGUCCAAUUUGACACUGUCUCUGCAGUGGUGUGAGGGGCGCGGGGACACUGGGGCAGACAUGAUGGUGGUGGGGCCCUUCCACAGCCCUUCACCUGGUACCUCCUCGUGCAGACCAGCGCUGGGGCAGGGCCUCUCGUGUGGCAUGCACAGACGGCUGCCCCCAAACGGGUUUGGUGGGCUGCAGAGUCCCGCACGUUCCCUGCUCGAGCAGGACGGUGGCAGGAGCAGGGAGUGACCUGCGGGCGCUGUCUGCCCAGGCGGACGAGGCGAGCGGCGAGCAGAAGCCUGAGCGUGGGCUGGAGGGGAGCCACCUCCUCCCCUCCCCAGUCCGACUGGGGUCUGUGUCUCUUCUGAGAAGGUGUGGGUGCCAGGGCCCUGAGGGAGUGGUGCCGGCGGGGGGUGGGCGUGGGGGGUCACUGGCCCUGUUUUCUGCCUCCCGGUCCCCCCAACCCCCACCCCAUGUAUCAUAGGGAACGUUCACCUCAAAAUCUUUCUAAGCAAAGUGUGAAUAGGAUUUUUACUCCCUUUGUACAGUAUUCUGAGAAACACAAAUAAAGGACAAUGUGUUCCUA